AUGAAUCUCCAGGAAAAGCUCUCGGGCCUUAAAGGCCUGGUGACGCAUUCUCACGGCAAACGGCGUGUUAAAGCAGACCUGACGGCGGACAUGAUCAGCCCCCCGCUGGGCGAUUUCCGACACACGAUGCACGUCGGGCGCGGAGGCGAAGUAUUCGGGGACACCUCUUUCCUCAGCAACCACGGCGGCUCGGCCAACGGGGGUAACGGGGAAACUGACUCGGUGAGCGGCACCGACAACAAACUGGGAGCUUUUUUCUCCAGGACCCUCCGACAAAUCAGGAGGGGCUCCGACCACAGAAGCAGGGCAGGCUCCAAGGAUAUGUCGUUCCCUCCUCCGGCCGUUUCGCCCAUCAUCAAGAACGCCAUCUCGCUUCCCAGGCUGGAUGUGGACAUGUAUAACGGGACUCCCUCAAAGAUGCUCUUCCCCAGUUCUCAAAGCACACCGGCGGAGAGGACGAGUUCAUAUGGUUUGGAGUCGGGUUUCGUCACGCUUCCUCGUCUGUCCCGCUCCGAGCGUCAACAGUCUUACUCUGCCAACGUGCACCGCGGCUCCCUGACCGGUCCCGCAGACGCCGUCCCGACCGCCCGUUCUGCCGCCGUUGUAACUUCCAGCCCCGAAUCCACCGCUUUCUCCAGCUCCUUCGCCUCUCUCACCUCACUAGACACCUUCAACUUGGACCUAGGCCCAUCCCUCAUGAGCGAGGUGUUCGGAUUACUGGACGGCGACGGCCACGCCUGGGAGGGAGACGAAACGGGGCCCGCCAACGAAGGAUCCGAGAUGGACUCGGCUACUAUUUCGUACGUGGACUCCCUUUUGAGAGAGGACGUGAAGAGUCCACAAGGGGCGGAAUGGGAUGACGACCAAGGGAGCGUCAACAAAGUUGAGAUGUCCGGGAAACCACAAGGAGGAAAAUUAGCAGUGAGGAUGGAGAGCGAGCGUUUUCAGAGUGCCGCGGAUGUGCUCGCCCGCCAUUAUGGCGGCCACAACAAAAUGGAAGCGGGCAAUUCUCGGAACGUGAAGAAAAUAUCCUACAGCUAUAUGGCUGAUGAUGACGAUGAUGAUGAAAUCAAAGUCUGA